UGCUGUAUAGGUCAUCGCCAUCUGGGGAUAGACAUAGUGCCGUCCACUCCCACCUACGUGUCGCUCUUUCGUCGUUGCUGUUUCCAGUGAUAUGAAAUACCUCACGUCCUUGCCGAAGCUCGUAUUCGCUGGCGUCGCUUACUGGUUUAGUCUGCUGUUGCUCCGUCCUCUCCACGUCUGCGUUGCCAUCAAUCAGGAGAGCGUAUAGCAUUCCACGUGACUAGAAGCGGAUGUGUUGAUGAUGUAGUAGUCGUCGUCGUCGAAUGCAAGCUAGGUUCACUACGAAAAGGAUCAUGGUUUCCCCUCGUUGAGCUACGGUCUCCUCGCGCUCUCGAGCUUGAUUCGCUGUCGCUUUGCGCGUCCUUCACAUGUAGUCAUUUGCUUUUCCUCUUCAAGUAUCUGUGUCUUCCUGUCACACACCCUCCUUCUCAUCCCUCUUUCUGCCGACACCAUGUUGUACAUUCCCAAUGUCAGAGAUCUCAAUGCUCAGCCCCCUCCACUCUCUGCUGCUAUCAGACGCCUUCGAACCAACCAUCCCGCACGAAGACAAGCCGAAUUGAAGAGGAGGACCUACAGUAGAGAUCACGCCUUACUGUGUCUAGUGGGCAUCAUACCUGCCAAGUCGGCGAGUAGUCGUCGACCUGACCGCCAGCUUCCUCGAGCUCCUCUACCUCCCUUUCGUCCUCGAUCACGUGCGAGAGUCUUUCCGCUGCCGCUACCCACGCCGCCACUGACACCACCGGCGAGCUUCCGCUCCACCCUGCCCGCCGCUUCGGGCCCGUCGCUGCCAAGACUCACCGCUAUCACUCCUUCUGGUCAUGUGAAGAAGGCCGUCGUCCCAGUGACGACUGACCGAGUGGGAGACCGUGUACUUCAACGCCGUUUACUCAAACAUAGACCUGCUCGAGUCCUCUCCAUCGUUAACGAAGAGUCUAUCAACCACAUCAGAAUGGCUCGUCGCACCGAUGCAGACAGCGAUCUCUGCCUCGUGCCUCCUGGCAGCGAGAAUGCUGUACCCACUGUGCGUGGUAUAAUUGAAGAGUACUACGAAGAAAAGGAGCAUGAGCAGUCUGGUGGCAAUGACAAGAGAACUCCCGUGUACUUGUCCCCCAAGUUGGCUCAUUCUAAGUUGAAGACCGUCCACAAGACGAACGCGGACCCUGUCGUCGACUCAAGCGUCGUUCGUGUUCCGCCCAAGGCUCAGCAGCUCCUUGGCUCUCCUCAGCACAACAACAGUGACUGGCGCCGCUUCGGAAGAGUCGAUCCCUUCCCACUUCACUCGAAGAGCGCUUCUGUCAAUUCACCCAGACGCACCGCAUCGUCGAAAGUGGUUAGUCUACUCACACCCAGCAAGUCGAGAAAGACAUCAACUUCAGCACUUCCUCACAGCCAGAUUCACACCUCUUCGUCUUCGCAGCACACAUCAAUUUCGCGCGCGCAGAACGAAUUCACAUCCCCUCUCAAACACUCUACUACUCUUUACCCAACCACAACACGCAGCAACAUGUCUGCACAAUCCCCUCCUGACAAGCAGGCCGUCGCUGGCGCCUCUCCUAGCAAGAGCCCAGUCAAGCCUAUUCCUUCGCCUGCCCACUCGGGCUCCUCGCUUCCCAGGUUGGUGGUCUCUCCCAAGAGGGAGGAUUCCUCUCUCAAGCGCGCUUUCUCUACCCUCACACCCAAGCGUCUCCGUCAAAACAGACCUCCCACUCCCCCCAAAAAGGAUACCCCUCCUCCUCAGGGCGAGCCAUCUGCCGGACUCGAACCAUCGGCUAACAUCACCGACGUUGGUAGAGCAUUUGACGCUUACUCCGGUAACGCCUUCGCCUCUGCACCCGAAGACGACAAGGUGUCCAUCAAGAGCACCGGCACCAUCACCAUCGCCAUUGGCGAUGAAUGCGGCCCCGUUCAAGAGGUCAAGGCCGGCGUCUUGAGAUUUACCCACCAACCUCAUUCCAUGUUCAAGGGCCAGCAGGCUGUCUUCGACGCCGACCCCGAGAUUGUCCGCCAGAUUGACGAGGAAUUCCAAUCUCCUCCUCUCCCUGCCACUCUCUUCAGAACUCCUCGUUCUGACAAGGGCGCAUUCGAGUCUGCUGACAAGUCCGUCGCUGACAAGACUCCUCGCUACAUUGAAGGCGGUCUUCUUGAGGGCGGUCUUCUGCCCGCCACUACCUACCAGCCCCCGACCAGCCGCAAGGAGAAGACUCAGGCUAUCUACUCUCCUUCUCUCUACAGCGUUCAGGAUGGCCACGAUGUCUUCCGCGUCGAUCACAGCGUCGCACAGGAGUUCGCCGCCACCUCGCCCGUCCCUAACAACUCGGUAAACAACUCUCCCGAGGCUGUGAAGCAGGUCAAGGGUGACCGCAACGCUACUGUUACGAGCCGCGAGCAGCUGAGCGGUGGUCGCUUGGUCGGCGCCCGUGUUUCUUCUCGUGUUGCACCCGUGCAGUACAUUAGUACUAUCGCGGGCAACGACUACGUUUACAAGCCCGAGGACCAUGUCUUCAAGCGUGCUCGUGUUCCCAUUGCGGGUACCCCUGUCCAGAGAGUCGAUGCUCCUUUCGAGUAUCCAAGUGCCGUGCCCCCUCCCCUCCGUCGCACCAGUCGCGACCGUGACGUCUCCAGCGGCAGCUCCUCUGCUCCUUCGCUUCGCGAAAGAUUCAUGAACAAAUCUGGGUUGGGCAUCAACGUCAGUGAGAACUCGGAUUACUUCGCCGACAACGAGACUACUCUUGGUGUUGAUGGUGACGGCAAUGAAGAGAGACGCCGUGAGACUAUCUCUAUGAGAACUCCUGCUGCUCCCAGCUUCACUCCCUCUUUCAAGUCUCCUGCAGUGCCUCGAAUGUGGCCUAUCACGAGAACUGUCAACCCUCACCGUCUCGCUCUUGGUCACGACGACAAGUACUGGCUCAACAGAGCCUUCGCUCACCUCGCCGAGGAUGUCAAGGAGCUCAACGACCAGACCCUGGAAAGCAUCGACAAGCUGACAAAGAAGACCAACGCUCUCACCCAAACCGACUCGCAGCACACCAAGACCAUUGCCGAUAUCUACAAGGCCAUUGCUGCUCUCCAGGAAGUGGUCAAGAAGUCUCACAACGAUGCUCGUGACAGCUUCCGGGACUUUCGCAGCGUUCGUGAUGGCGUCGACAACAUCCGUCGCUCGAUCAUCCAUAUGAGCGAGUUCCUUGUGGAUGACGAGAAGGUCGAACUCGUCUGCGAUAAGAUCAUUAGCACCGUCCACCCUACCAUUGUCAGAGGCCACGAGUAUGCUGCUGCCAACACCGAGCGUAUCCUUACCCGUGUCGACAAGUGCCACGACCAGAAGGCCAGAGAGCUUGAGUCCCUCAAGCAGAAGAACCGCAAGACCAACGAGCGUCUUGCUUCUCUUGAGGCUCGCCUUCUCGGUCCCCGUCCUGGCCAGGUGCAGAGCGGCGUUCACCCUUCUCCCAGCUCGUCGAACGGCUACCUUGAUGUCAUCAGCGACUACGCUGACAACAUCAACAACUCUGGCCGCUAAAUGUUCAGCAUUGUGCCGGACGCUCUUGCCUCCAUCCUAUGAAUGACGCGAACGACUGUCUCGGUGGUUUGCCCAUUCGGAGGCUGGAAAGACAGUUAAUUCAACGGUCUAUUGCGGCGUUUUGGCAACG